AGUCAUAAAUUUAACUUUUAAUCAAAAAGAAAAUUAUUUUAAUAAUUAAUUUAUAAUUAUGGUUAAAUCUGUAAUGUAAAAAAAAGAGGAUAUAUUUGUUUUUUCAAAGAAAAUACAUUCAUUCUUGUUGUAAAAAGAAGAUUAUAAUCCCGAGAUCGUAAAUUCCGAUUCAUUCAAAAAUGAGUUCUAGUAGAUUGGGUGCCGCUAGACGAAGGAAUAUGAGGGAAAAACGGAAAUGCACCGGUCUUUAUUCCGAGAAUUCUGCGGAUAUGGAUGCCGAAGGGGACAAAGAGAUCGAAGAAAUGGACGCAAAUCCUGAAGCGGAAAUAGAAGUGAUCGAUGAUUCGGAUAUACAACUCAAAAUCCCGAUACCAAUUCUAAUCACUCCUCAUCCUCAACCCCGGGUAAAGGAAGAAUCCACUAGAACUAGUAUAUCAGAAGAACCUGAAUCAGAAACCGACGACCACGAUCAGGUGUCAGAAAUCGGAGACCCGGAAUCCCGUAAAAAUAGCGGAAGUAGUGGAAUUAGUCCUUCCGGCGACAAAAGAUCUGCGCCGAAAUUCUUUCCCAGGAGUCACACCAUACCUAAAGUGAUCAGGGAUUUCGUGAGCAAGCAAAUUUUUAUGGACGAAAACGAACUCGACAUCUUCCGCGACCAAUCACCGUUUGACCACAAAAUGGUAUCCAAUAUAUCGUCAAGACCAGAGGACGAAGCGUUUAGGAAUGACUUAAACGAAAUUGAAAGAUUGCAUCAAUUACUCCAAGAGGAAAAAGAGAGCAACCAUUUCCUGUCGAAAGAAUUGGAAACGAGCGAAAUCAAGAUUAAAAGCUUGGAAAAAGAGAUCGAACACCUAAAAAAGGAACUUAGAGAAUUAAAAGAACAAAAACCUAAUUAUCAUUUCCGCUCUUAGAAGGACAAUAAAUCUUUUGAAAAAUUGAUACUUUUUGCAUUCCGCCAUUUUUAUUAGCAAAAGCAAAGACAAAGACAAACAAUUAUGUUUCCUUCGCUUUAUCGAAGAUAGAUAAACGAUUUUUUAUAUACAAUAAAAUUUAUAUAUUUUUAAAUAAAAUAUUAAAUAAAUUAUAAAUAAUAAUAUGUUAUUUGUUACAAAUAUUAAUUAUAAAUAUUACCGGGGUUAUUAUUUAUAAAA